AUGUCUACCAACUUCGAAAAGCAUUACCAAAAGGCCGUUGAAGAAAACAACUUGGAACAAUUGAGAGAUAUCUUGGUCAACAAGGAUUCUGUCUUAUCUAACAGAUUCAGAGCUUUAUUCAACUUGAAAUGUGUUGCUGAACAAUUCAAGAUCAACCCAUCGGACGCUAAGAAGGCGGUUGAUUACAUGGCUGAAACUUUCGGUGACAAGAGUGAAUUAUUAAAGCACGAAGUCGCUUACGUUUUAGGUCAAACUAAGAACAUGGAUUCCACUGACAUCUUGAGAAAAGUUAUGUUGGAUGCCGAUCAACAACCAAUGGUUAGACAUGAAGCUGCUGAAGCUUUAGGUGCUUUAGGUGCUCAAGUUGCCUUAGAAGAUUUACAAAAAUGUUUGAAGGAAGAUCCUCAUCCAGCUGUUCAGCAAACUGCUGAAUUGGCUAUUGCCAGAAUUAACUGGGAACAUUCUCCAGCUCAUGAAUCUGAAAGAUUACAAGAAUCCUUAUAUUGUAGUACUGAUCCAGCUCCACCAUUAUCAUUAGAAACCCAAAUGAGUAUCCCAGAUUUACAAACUCUAUUGAAUGAUCAAAAGGCUCCAAUUUUCGAAAGAUAUAGAGCUAUGUUCAGAUUGAGAGAUUUAGGUUCCACUGAAGCUAUUGAUGCUUUAGCUUCUGGUUUUGCUGAUCCAUCUCCAUUAUUCAAGCAUGAAAUUGCUUACGUUUUCGGUCAAAUGGGUAAUCCAUUAGCUGUCCCAUGCCUAGUUGAAGUUUUAGGUCGUAUGGAAGAAGCUCCAAUGGUUAGACAUGAAGCUGCUGAAGCCUUAGGUGCCAUUGCUACUCCAGAGGUUGUUCCAGUCUUGAAACAGUAUUUGAACGAUGAAGUUGAUGUCGUUAGAGAAUCUGCUAUCGUUGCUUUAGACAUGUACGAAUAUGAAAACAGUAAUCAAUUGGAAUACGCUCCAACUGCUUAA